UGUGGCGCGGCUCACUCGUCACUUGAAUGUAACCGCGAGUAGUCGUGUCUCUAGGGCUCAUUGUAGUUCGCACGAAAGCCCUUAACAGUGCCUAUUCAAAUGUAGUCCUUUUCGUGCAAACCACGUCAAAGGCCACCUUCUGAACUACGAGAGGAAAAUCAAUGAAAACAUCAGUAGCGGUCUAGAUCAGCAGUCGACCGUCCGCGCCGUCUCCAUAAAGUUCCAUCCCGAUGGGUUGAGUACGCCGACUCGUCGUGUUUGUGGGCACACCACUGACGCUGGUUAAAAGGAAAAGAGAAUAAAAGGUGUGGAACACCAGAGCGAUACAGCAAAGGGAAGCAGCCCCCAAUGACUCCGCGCACGCUCGUUGGAGACUCGGCAGAGGCACCGUGAACCCGCCCACCCUUCACCAGUUUGAUGGUCGCUCUUCCUCUAGAAAAAAUCACCUACACGCUCUGUCACUUCAUUGUUAUUAAGAACCUCAACAUCUUCUUUAUUUUAUAGUUUAACUUUAUAUAUUUUAUCUGUUGAAAAUGACUAAAAUCCUGAAAGUAGUCGGAGCCUCCUGGCUGCAGACUAAGAUCAGCUCCUACAUCCUGGGCCUGCUCGGGAUCCUCGCUAUCUUGGCGCUCUUUGUCGGACACAUUGAAAGGAGUCAAGAAGACGGCAAUUACGCAGCAACAGUGUUCUACUCGGAGAAAACUGGGUACCGCAUCGAAUACUGGGGCCAAAGUAACAAGCUUGAGGACAUAGCUCGAGGUGUCGCGCGAGCUUACUUCAGGAGAGACGUCGAUACUGCUGGUUGGUCCCUUUUGGAGGUAGAAACAGACGGUUCCUAUCGCGACGAGAUCCAAGCUUACGCGGCUGGCAUUGUUGAGGGGGCAUUGACCUGGUCCCUCAUCCACAACCACUUGGAGAACACCAUCCGGGCCAAGUGUGACAACACGCCGUUGGAGAAGCAAUGCGACAAGCUGAAGGAUGCCCUGGACAAGUCCAUCAACAUCUGGAAGAGCCAUGCGGACGACCGCGGCAGCGAUGACCCAUUCUGGCACCAUGUAUCUCUCCACUACACCCAAAUCGAUGGUAUAUCCACCGGCUGGAAGCACGGAGUAGAACGCAGUCUUAACGAGUACGACACUGACAUCUCGGACUUGUAUUGGCUGAACUCAGUGGCUGAAGUGGCUGAACUCCAGCACAAGUUGAACAUCACACUGGAAGACCCUGUGCUGGGACAUUUACCUGGCCUGUCUAGCGCGUUCUUGAGGAUCGUCAACGCAACAUCUGACGACGGAACUCCUACUAAGAAGCUGUUCGUUGCUCACAAUGCGGCUGGAAGCUACUCUUCAAUGACGAGGAUAUUGAAACGGUACAAGCUCAACUACCACCUAACAUCACAAGAUUCGGCCCCAGCUCCAGGGAUCCAAGUCGAUUUCUCCGGAUACCCCGGCUCUGUCACCAGCCAGGACGAAUUCUACGUACUUAGAGGCAACCAACAUAGAAUGGCAGUCACUGGUACCACACUCAAGAAUUACAACGACAAGCUAUGGAAGGAAGUCAAUAUCACUGAAGAAGUCCCCCUAGGCCCACGUGUUACCGCCGCAAACCAUCUAGCAACGAACGUCUCCUCCUGGGGCCAUGUCUUGGCCACCAACAACUCCGGAACUGGCUGCAAACAAUGGCUGCUGGUUGACUACGACAGGUUCGACCGUCUCCACGACAUAGACGCCUUAGAGCGUUCUGGAAACAAGGAGGUCGUCACCGAAAUCAGUGUUAAUAAUGACGUGAAGCACACCGUCCGCCACGGUCCAGGGCACGCCAGUGGACUGCUGUGGUUGGUGGAGCAAGUCCCUGGACUGACGCACGCGCGCGAUCUGUCCGCCACGCUCCUUGAACAGGGAUACUUCGCCACAUAUGGACUGCCUUUCAUUCAAGACAUAGCAAACAUCACCCACACCACCAAAAUGCAAGAACUGUACGGCGAUAUAUUCUCCGAGUCAGAAUCCCCACGAGCGGUUUUAUUUAAAGAUGGCGUCGUGAACAGCACAACUCUUGAGGGUGUCAUUAAACUGAUGCGUCACCUCAACGCGACAACCUUUGGAAAUGACACCACUUGCACUGAUGAGGUUGAUUGUGUUAUCAAGGAUGGAGGCUACUGGUCAGUCCUGGGAGUCCGAGGAGACAUUGUGAACAAGCACCGAGAGCCUUAUGGAGUCAUCGAUACAAAGGUUAUUAGCGGUACGGUGAACCAAACAUCACUAGACUUCGUCGCAGUUGCCGGUCCGCCUUUCACAGAAGUGCAAGCUUUAAACACUACUGACACACCGAUGAACAAGGGAAACGUUGCCACCAUCUACACCGACCAGUUCAACGACAAAGUCACCAUCAACGGCUUCGAGAUCCAGGACCUCGUGGAACAGCAAAUGGAGGAAGCGGAGCAGGAAACCUUAGCAUUGCUUAAUAAAGACACAGUGAAGCCUUUCCAAUGGUCAGCGAGUGACUUCGACACGGAAGCACACGAAGCCCUCCCCGAUAGAUGGGCUUUCGAACUAUACCGUCCAAAAUGGUCGUGGUGAAUCUCCCACAAUAGCUCGCUCAAUUCAUAAUAAUUCGUUUUUAGUUUACAAUUAAUAUUGUGUCCUUGUUAGUUGAAGGUCUUCUCAUGCUCUGUUUAUAGUUGUAAUAUGCUACGGUUAAAAUAUCAAAGUAGUGUUUAAUGUAAGUUGCUUCGUACUUCGCUGAACAGCCGAACUGCAGCCAAUUUUAUUAUCCGUCCGACUACAAUAUCUAGGUUUCAAUUUGUCGAUCUAUCUCGUUUAUUAGUAAUUGUACCUAUAAUUAUUUUAGUUAUCUAUUUAUUCGAUUUUUGUUUUGUCUCGUCUUUGCUUAUUUAUGUCCAUAAAAUUUUCUAGUUUUUUUUGUUUAUCUAUUGGUAUCUACCUAAAGUGUAUUUUUCUAUUCAAAAUUAAGUUAAUCUUUUAUUGUACUUAUGGACUAUGUACUGUAUUGAACUUAAUUUUAACGAAUAAUAAUUACUUAAUUAGGAUCAUUUUUUAAUGUGAGUGUCUAAUAAAAAUGAAGUGACCUGAAGUUUAGAAACGUGCGAUUUUGCUCUCGACAAUAAAUGUUUAUAUUCAA